ACCAUUUGCCGUGCAUUAGUUUGUUUUUCCCCGCUCAGAACGGAGAGAGACACUUAAAGCUUGACUCAGAGUUGUUGCGAUCCAAAUCGCGUAAAGAGAACCACGGUUUCAGAUGAGGUGAGUUUAUUUUAUUGGGGAAAAUGCAACGUUACGAGCGUGUGAGACUGUAAAAAUGGAGAGAAGGAAAAGAAGCGGCAAGAAAAAGAUUUCCAAAACAUCAGAAGUACUAUAGGUGCAGCGCAAAAAUAGAACUGGAGCUAUUUUUAUUCACCCUGUUACCCGUUCACACUGAUUCGGAUUGUUUAUAAGAGGAGUGACGCACGCGCUUAAAGUUCUUCAUUCCGAAGAGCAGAUCUCUUGAGGUAACAUCUACAUAAGUGCAGUACAGGUGGUGUUUGCCCUCUGUGCCAGCAAUGGGGUGGCGAGAACUGAAGACUGACCUGCUGCUGCUACUGCUGCUGAUGGCGUCCCACCUGGAGGCUGUGAGCUUUCCUGAGGACAACAUCCCUUUAGAUGUUGUGGACAGACACUAUGCACGACAGUACCCGGUUUUCCGUGGACGGCCCUCUGGCAACGAAUCUCAGCAUAGACUGGACUUUCAGCUGAUGACCAAGAUACAUGAUACACUCUUCAUCGCUGGCAGGGACCAGGUGUAUUUAGUGAGUCUAAGAGAGUCCUACAGGAAUGAGAUAAUUCCAUACAGGAAGCUGACGUGGCGGUCGGGGCAGGCGGACCGGGAGACGUGUGCCAUGAAGGGAAAGCACAGAGACGAGUGCCAUAAUUUCAUUAAAGUCCUGGUUCCGAGAAAUGAUGAUCUUGUGUUCAUCUGCGGAACAAAUGGUUUCAACCCCAUGUGCCGUUACUACAGGUUGGAUAACCUGGAGUUUGAUGGGGAAGAGAUCAGCGGUUUGGCCCGAUGCCCAUUUGACGCCAAGCAGACAAACGUUGCCCUGUUUGCUGACGGUAAGCUGUACUCGGCCACGGUGGCGGACUUCCUGGCCAGCGAUGCUGUGAUUUAUCGCAGCAUGGGAGACGGUUCUGCCCUUCGGACCAUCAAGUAUGAUUCCAAGUGGUUAAAAGAACCACAUUUCCUCCAUGCAGUGGAUUAUGGGGAUUUCGUCUACUUCUUUUUCAGAGAAAUCGCAGCCGAGCACAACAACUUGGGAAAGGCGGUUUACUCCAGAGUGGCUCGGAUCUGUAAAAAUGACAUGGGAGGGUCUCAGCGGGUGCUGGAGAAACACUGGACAUCUUUUGUUAAGGCUCGCCUGAACUGUUCCGUUCCUGGAGAAUCAUUUUUCUACUUUGAUGUCCUUCAGGCCAUUACAGACAUAAUCGACAUUAAUGGGGUGCCUUCUGUGGUUGGAGUUUUCACCACCCAGUUGAACAGUAUCCCUGGCUCCGCGGUGUGUGCGUUCUCCAUGGAGGACAUUGAGAAAGCGUUCCGUGGCCGUUUCAAAGAGCAGAAGACGGCAGAUUCAGUGUGGACACCAUUUCCAGAGGAAAAGCUGCCCAAGCCCAGACCCGGCUGCUGUGCGGGACACGGUUCAGCGGAGUCCUACAAAACCUCCAUCGAGUUUCCAGACGAGACCCUUCAGUUCAUCAAGUCACACCCACUCAUGGACCCCUCGGUCCCCUCCAUUGGAGACGAACCGUGGUUCACCAAAACAAGAGUCAGGUAUAGGCUAACGGCACUCGCCGUUGAUAACACCGCAGGACCCCAUAAGAAUUACACAGUGGUAUUCAUUGGCUCUGAGGCAGGCAUCUUGCUAAAAGUUCUGGCCAAGACAUCCCCGCUGUCUUUGAAUGACAGCGUCCUACUGGAAGAGAUCGACGUUUUCAACCAAGCCAAGUGUUUAUCCAGCAAUGAGGAUGAUAGGGGAAUUCUGUCUUUCCACCUAGAUAAAGACACCCACACGCUCUAUGUGGCCUUUUCCAGCUGUGUGGUCAGAAUACCACUCAGCCGCUGCGAACGACACAGUUCCUGUCAAAAGUCUUGUAUUGCUUCUAGAGACCCGUACUGCGGGUGGAUGUCACAUGGAGCUUGUGAACGUAUUCCUGCAGCUAUGCAAACUGGUUAUGAGCAAGAUGUUGAAUACGGGAACACUGCUCAUCUCGGCGAUUGUCAUGAAUUUUUGGCCACUACAUCAGCGCCAGAUUUCAAAUCAUAUGGCGACCCAACCUCUGACAUGGAGUUGCCAUCCUCGUCAGUCACAGUGCCCGCAAGUUCUGAACCCAUACAAUCACUCCAAACCAUCCCCACUCAGACUCCCCAACUCUUUGGCUCACGGAAAUCUGUGCUCCGCGAUGACCCAGCCACUUCACAUUCUGUUGAACCUAUACCAGGUGUGCUGGAGGGUGUGUGGGAAAUACAAGCAGGUGAAUCUAACCAGAUGGUGCACAUGAACAUCCUUAUCUCCUGUGUGUUAGCUGCAUUCCUGCUUGGUGCAUUCAUCGCCGGCAUGGUCGUUUACUGCUAUAGAGACGCUUUCCUUCGCACACCACGCAAGAUCCAAAAAGAUGCAGAGUCAGCACAGUCCUGCACUGAUUCCACUGGCAGCUUUGCCAAGCUCAAUGGUCUGUUUGACAGUCCUGUCAAAGAGUACCAACCUGAUAUGGAUUCUCCCAAACUCUACACCAACCUGUUGAGCAAUGGGAGGGAGGUGCCAACCAACGGAGACACUAAGACAAUGCUCCUGAGUGGGCAGCCACCGGAACUAGCUGCACUGCCUACGCCUGAGUCCACACCUGUGCUACAACAGAAGAGCCAUCAGCCAAUCAAGAACCAGUGGGAGAGAGCUCAUGGUAAGAUAAGUAGCUCCCGCAAAGAAGAACCAUCAAAAAGCCCACAAUACCUUCCCUCCAGUCCACCUCCCCAUUCUGCCAUUAGCAACCCCCACAUCCCUAGUGCUGUGGUACUGCCCAAUGCCACACAUGAAAUCAGAGGAUCAUUCAGUACUCCCGAAGGGCCUCAAGCAGAAAAGAAGAUCCAGAAUAGCGAUCAACAUGGUUCCAAAUCUGGCCGUAAAGACCAGCGACGCACUGUGGAUGCCAGGAACACGCUGAACGACCUCUUGAAGCAUCUGAAUGAGAGCAACCCCCCAAAGGCCAUCAUGGUGGAGAUGCCCAAAUCCCGACAGCACCUAAUGCUGGAACCCAUUAUAAGCCCAAUGGAGAUUCCACCCAAGGUCCCAAGCCGAGAGGCCUCCUUGUACUCUCCCUCUUCAUCUUUACCCAGGAAUAGUCCGACUAAAAGAGUGGAUGUGCCGACUACACCAACAUCACCCACAGGCCAAAUGGGAACACUCGAGAGACAGCGGUAUCACCGCAGCUCUUCCCAGCGACACUCCAUAUCCUCGCCGCCCAAAGGGCUGCACUCACCUAGCGGGGCCAUAGUGUCCCGCCAACCUAGUAUGAACAGAGGUGGGUACAUGCCCCCAACUCCUACCCCACCCACUAGACUAGACUCUCACGGGGUACCAAUGGCUAUGACACCUUCUGUAUCCCGACAGAGCAGCUACAGUGGUCACGGAUCUUUACCACGAACAUCCAUCAAACGGACAGCAUCGUUAAAGCCCGAUGUGCCACCCAAACCCAACGGUUUUGCACCACAGACUGCACAAAUGAGGGCAGUGAACAAGUAUAGCUACUGAAAUGCUUAGCAAGAUCUUACUCUUUGAAUGGACAGUGGGAGUAAAAGCGCUUGGCCCGCAGAGAUAUGGCCUUUCCUUUGAAGGGAAAUGAAUCGGAUGCCAGAGCUUCUGUUUCGGGUAGUUGUGCUAGUUCUCAAUGACCAUGUCCAGUCACGCUUGAGUGACAGGUGACGGAUUCUGAUCUUUAAGGCGGCAGGGACGCCUGAGGUCAUAGGUCACAGCUGACGUGCAGCAUAAAGCUGCUGCGUAGUUGCUGUGGCGGUCGGGCAGUGAAUGCUCCCCCCUGCACUGUUCUCCCCAUCAAUGUGAACUGUAUUUGUUAGACUGUUUGGAAAAUUUGGUAUUUUCGCUUGGAUAUCUCUCAAGAAGACAGAAAGAGUCAAAGGGACACGUUGUGUGUCUGUGUUUGAUUAGUCUCCGGGGCUAACCAGUGUGCAUUCAUUGCCCAUGUUUUUUUCAGUAAACUUGAGAACAAGUUUGAGUCAGCGCUGUCAUAAAACUAAAUUCCAUUUAAGGUGCAUUAACAUCAGAUGUGUUUGGACACAGAAGUCCAGACAUUAAUUAAUAAUUUCUGCGUGCAAAAGAAAUGCCCAGGGCCCCUUACUUGGACUACUGAUUUUAAAACUCACAGGGUAAAAGUGCCCUCAACAUUUGUGCUGCUAAGUGUAGAUGAUGACAGUGUUUAACUCCAGUGUGAUGACGUUCCAUGCAGCGGCUCUGCGUGUCAAGCUGCUGCAAGCUUUUAAACCCACAGACUCAGCACAGGAUCACGCUGGUCAAAUGUACUAUGUUCUGUUUUUAGUUCCAGAAAAUCAAUGGGAAUCCUGUAAUCCCAUAAAGUCAACUUUCAACUAUGACACAAGGCAGAUCAUUGAUCAACCUCUCUCCUUUCCUUCAUGCCAAAUACUGCUGUUGGGACUAUAAAGUUAUUUCUCUUCCCUCUGAACCAUUGAAUAUUCCUUCCAGUUUACACAAUUUUAGAGAACUUGCUUCUUGGUUCCUGGGCAAAGUAUUACAUAAAACUGCAAACAGCACAUUCCUUACUUUAAACCACUCCUCAGCUCUAUACUAGACCCUAUCCAAGAGAUAAGCUUCACUCUGCUUGUUUUAAAUAAUAGAGGCCUCAAUUGCAUACUCACUAUAAGUGUACAAUCACUGCAAUACCGUACCAGUGUGUCUUGCAGAGUCGUGCCAGUGAUUAUUGUUAUUGUAAAUAUACAACUAUUUAAGUGUGGACAUUUUCAAAGCAAGUUGACCUGGAUUUGUAUAUUUGUGUGCCUUAUUAAAGUUAUUAGAGCUUG